AUCAAAAACUCAAUUUCCCACUACACAUAGCGGUCUUUACGUCGUUGUGCGUCAACUACCCAGUCCCCCCACCAUCACUGUUCUACAGAGGAAGAAAGGGGGAGACGGGAAACCUAUACUGAACGCUUUCACACAAAUAUGAGCGGCAGCGGGCGGGCCAGGACCAGCUCAUUCGCUGAGCCUCCCGGAGCUCCCGGAUCUGCUGCAGCCGGUACCGUGUCGGCAGUCGCCGGUGGAAGCUCGACAGGAAAAACUGGGGCUUCACAAGCCAGUGGAAGCGGCUCAACGAGCUUUGGAAAUUUGAAACUGCCCAGAGACAGCGGCAAAGUGACGACGGUGGUAGCCACCCCCGGGCAGGGCCCUGACCGCCCGCAGGAAGUGUCCUACACAGACAUAAAGGUCAUAGGAAAUGGCUCGUUUGGAGUGGUCUACCAGGCUCGCCUUAUUGACACUCAAGAGAUGGUAGCAAUUAAGAAAGUACUCCAAGACAAAAGGUUUAAGAAUAGGGAGCUCCAGAUUAUGAGAAAGUUGGACCACUGCAACAUUGUGAGGCUACGCUACUUCUUCUACUCAAGUGGAGAGAAGAAAGACGAGGUGUAUUUGAAUCUUGUGCUGGAUUUUGUCCCGGAGACGGUGUACAGGGUGGCUCGGCACUUCAACAAGGCCAAGGCCAUUGUCCCCAUCAUCUAUGUUAAGGUGUACAUGUACCAGCUGUUUCGCAGUCUGGCUUAUAUCCAUUCCCAGGGCGUUUGUCACAGAGACAUCAAGCCUCAGAACCUCCUGGUGGACCCAGAGACAGCCAUCCUCAAACUUUGUGACUUUGGCAGUGCAAAGCAGCUAGUUCGAGGGGAGCCAAAUGUGUCCUAUAUUUGUUCACGGUACUACCGUGCCCCAGAGCUCAUAUUUGGCGCCACCGACUACACGUCCAAUAUUGACAUCUGGUCGGCUGGCUGCGUGUUAGCUGAGCUGCUUCUGGGCCAGCCCAUCUUCCCCGGGGACAGUGGUGUGGACCAGCUAGUAGAGAUCAUUAAGGUUUUGGGGACACCGACAAGGGAGCAGAUCCGGGAGAUGAACCCUAACUACACGGAGUUUAAAUUCCCACAGAUCAAAGCACAUCCUUGGACAAAGGUGUUUAAGCCUCGCACCCCACCAGAGGCCAUUGCCCUCUGCUCCCGGCUGCUGGAAUACACACCAGUUUCCAGACUGUCUCCUCUGGAAGCAUGCGCGCACGCCUUCUUCGAUGAGCUGCGUCAGCCCAACACCCGCCUGCCCAGCGGUCGGGAACUGCCGCCCCUCUUCAACUUCAGUCCUGUUGAGCUGUCCAUUCAGCCCCAGUUGAACUCCACACUCAUUCCUCCUCAUGCUCGUGCACAGACAUCGCCCGCCUCACAUGAGGGCAGCGUGUCGGACAGUUCUGCCCAGCCCAGCUCAGCACCUGGCUCCAUCAACAACAGCACCUGAGUGUCCAUCCCUCUGUCACAAUUUUCUGUUUCGUCUGCCCCGUUUUCCUUUUUUCUUUCCUCUGCUCCUCUCCCUCUAAAGCUUCUUCCAGGCUCCAACCUUUAAAUUAGAAAAAGAUAACCAAACUCACUCAACUUAAACGCUCUGCAUUUGCAUCUUUUCUAAAACUAUUCCAAUAGAAAGCUGCUACUGCAGCUGCUUGCUUUAGGAAGCUGUGGGUUGUUUUAACGACGUUUUUAUACCUGCACUCGGGUUUAAUAUAAGCUGCAGUUCCACGGCCAGGUGGGCAGUUAAAGGUGGAGGUUGGUAGGAUAUGGAGAAGUCUUCUAUACACUGUGGGGUUUCUGUAUUAAAAUAAACAGCUGACUUUUAUUUGUUUUUUUUAUUUAUUUAAUUUGCAUUAGCCUAUUUUAGAAGUGGCUGUGACGCCACUAAUUUGACUUGAUUGGCUUUGGAGUUGAGAUAACUGGAUUAUUUACAGCCUCACUGAUAUUGACAAUCAUCCAAACCAGAGCCCAGUGUUUAGAGAAGAUGCUCUUCUGUUGCUUUCUACCCUGAACUAAAAAAUGUCCAAUAAAUAUUUUAACAUCCUGGUUUCGUACCGGAGAAACCUUUUUAGAUGAGAGCUGGUUUUAAAUAUUAAGACAAAAACAGGGCACCACAGCUGUUGUUUACUGUUUUUGUGCAUUAGCUCUUUAAACUGAAUUUUUUUCUGUGAUUAGGAGGAGGCUUGUUUGAGCAGAGUUUACACCGCUUCAGUUUCGUCAUUAUAAGCUUCGUUCAUCAAGCUGGAAAGCCCAGUGUUUGGUGUUGAUUCUCAGUAAGUAUUGCACAUCUCCAGAAGGGAGUGGAUGGAAGCAAAGGGGCCAGUUGUAACGCCACACAGAGGAGAGCCUUGGUUGUGGGGCUCCAGUUGCAUCUAAAACAGAAGCCUCGGUGUCUCCAAAGUGUCUCCGAGCUCUCGUUAAAGCAUAGCACCGCAUCAAUUAUGUUGCUGUACAGUGUUGCAUUUCAUAUCGGCUCGAUUAUGUUCAGACUGACAUGAGGUGCAGGGACCGUCGUUUUAAAGCGGCCCACUCAUAUCAUGUUGCUCUUUCAAUGCAUUACAAAACUAUGAGUCUGCUGUCAGUACAAGAUGGGUUUCUUUCUUCCAAAAAUAAAAUCAAAAAACGACAAAAAAAAAAGCAGAUGUGCAUGUUCAGUUCAAGCUGACCCGACUGAUAUCUGUUAUAAUCUGACCAGAUAUUAUGCUCAAACCCCUGAAAAGCCCGACCGCUUUCGGAGCCCCCCCCCCCCCCCCAUUCCUCCUCUGCCUCCCACUUUCCCAUUUCCCCUUUUUAUUUUCACAGCUGAACUGUAAAUAUAUCAAGUACCUUUUAUUUUGUUAUUUUUGUUAUUAUUGUUAUUAUAUUGUUGUUCUUGUAAUUUUCUUUUCUUUUCUGUAGUAGACCGGCCCAGCAGCAGCAGCAGCCGGACUGUUUAUCCUCAGUCGCAGUCUGUAAAUACAGUUUCAUUUCAGUCCCUUGUUCAAAAAGGGGAGAAAAACCGAACAAAAUGUUUUAUUUUUAUUCUCUCUCUACCUCCAUUCCACACCUCAACUUUCCCUUUUCCAUUAAUGUUGUCAUGACUGCUUUAUUUAUUGUAUCGUGUUUUUAGGGGCGGGUUGGGAUCUUUCUCAUUUUUUCUCUUGCUUUUUAUUUUUAUUUUUUUCAAACCCAAGUCAGUUCUGUCAGAUGCAAAACAAUUUCACAUCCAAGAUACUGUACUGAUUUAAUGGUCCUGUAUGUAUGCAGAUAAAUAUGCGAGCCAAUUCAUGGCGCUCUGGUUUUUCAUGAAACUUCAAUGUGAAGGGAAUGUUACAAGCCUCUGGAUACGUGGGCACAGAUCACAUUGUGUGUGUGUUUGGAGGAAAAGGGAAAAAUGAAUCGAUCUAGACGACAUAAAUCAUCUCCUUUUGUCUGACUGUGAGCUGUUUUUGCUUUCUGUGUGUCGUAUGUGUGCAAAAGGUUUGGCCUGUCAGUCUAGUUUGUGAUCUUCACAGAUGGAAAGGUUGAGCUGGGAGUGUGUGUAUGUGUGUGUGAAAGUGCGCUGGCUGACCUUGAACGUUGUCCUACACGAAGAGCUAGCUAAUUGUUUUCUUCCCUCCCCAGUCUUCUGAGUCGUGACACUUUAUUUGCUGUGACCCUUUUAUUGCCCUUUUUCAGAGGGUGAUAUGUCAUUAGGGACAGUCCAGUUUGAUAAAGGAGAUGAUGAAAAGUGAGGGAUGGAGGGAGAGAGAGAGUUUUUGUUUGUUGGUAUAAAUAAUUAAACUCAUUAAUAAAGUGAUGAAACUGU